AUAUCUGCGUAGUGAAAAGUGCACUUAAAAAGUUUUGUAAAAAUAAUUUUUUAAAAUUAACAAUAACUUUGUGACACUGUGAUUGAUUUGCCAUAAAACAAAGUAAUUCAAAAACGUUAUCAAAACUCUACGUACAUACAUAUAUGUGUACAUAUGUAUGUAUAUGUACAUAACCGUCAAUGCAAACUCACAAAACAGCUGCCAUUCGACAACCUUUCUGCCUUUCUUAACCCUAAAGCACACCCCAGCAGACUACAAAAGCCGUGAAGCAGCAUAUUUAUAUAUAUAUAUAUACAUUUUAACAAAUUCACGUAUGUUUUGUGUGUAUGUUUAUAUACUUAUGUGCGGAAAUAGUCAAGCAUGACUUCGCUGCGCCAUAAUCAGAGACGCAUCUAAACCAAAACUCAUACAUACAUACAUAUAUGUCAACAGCAACAUUAAAGCGCCACAAAAAUGUUGCAAGCCAUUGAAACGACGCCACAAAAAUACAACAACAAUAACAAAAUCUCAAAUACUACACUCUUACUGAACCACACGACGCCAAGCAGCAGCGCCACUAAGGCGCGCGCCACAACCGUCACACCCCCAACACCGCCAACACCAGCAAUAAAAACAACAACAGCAACAUCAACACCAACAACAAAUAACCAAAGUCAAAACGGUAACGUGGCUGAGGAGAAACAACAGCGCCGCCGUUCCACAUUCUACGUGCCCUUAGUUAUCGAAGACGACGACGACGACGGCGACCACGCCACACAGCUGUCCAAACAAGCGGUAGAGCGCAACAGUAGCUCGUCCCUGCAUGCGGAUAGCAGCAGUUUGGGUGGACAAUCGAGUGCCUCCAACGCCAGUACGACAAGCACGACGCCGGAACGUAAGAGUGUAGCGAGUAGUAGCGGUAGCCUCUCCGCCAGCGGCAGCAAGAGCAAAGCGGAAAAGAACAGUAAUAAUAAUAAUUUGAAAAAGUCCACAUCGCUAAAGAACGCCAGCGCAACAUCAAAGGUGGCAGCACUGCUCUUCGAACGCACCAAUAGCACUUUGGGGCUCGGCGGUAGCGGUAGCAGUAGUGCGAGUAGCAGCGCAACCAGUGGUGGUGUUGUGAAACGCAGUAGCGGAAAGAAAAUGUCACCACCCUGUGGUUUCAAUUGGACAAUUAGCGGCGGUGGCGCCACAGCCGAUACAGAUUUGGACGAGGAGAGCGAUGGCGGUGUGGCAGAGCAGGUCAAAAUCACGUCAAACACGAAAAAGGCGGAUAAGGAGAAGCUCAAACUGGGCCGGCUAACGCAGAAGUCGGAGAAGCGACACAGUACGAGCAGUAAGAGCUCAAUAGCAAGCAACGCCACAACGGCUUCACUAACAAACAAGUCGGUAGGCUCGAAAAGCAGCGUUAACGCGAAGACUAAACGUUAUGGCAUCGUCUUGAAUGGCAUAAGUUUGGACGACGAGCAUUUGCAAGCGACCAUGCAAACGACGACAGCAAACGUUAAGACCCCCACUGCAAAGACGACAACGCCCACAAAAUCGCAAAACCCAAGCAAUUUGGUUGAGUUCAGUGAGGACGAUAUCAUGCUGGCGACCCCAACUAAACAGGCGCGCAGCUCAAGAACCAGUCAUAAUAAUAACAAUAAUUGUAAUAGUAUCAGUGAUAACGGUAAAGAGCGCACAAAACAUGGCAAACGUGUCGGCAGCAAAAAUCGUGCCAACGCUAUGCACGACUCAAACAUAAAUAUUGGUGACAAUGAUACCACAAUGCAAACGAAUUUGGUGGAUACCGCCAUUGAUAAGAAGCGCACUAACGCGGCCGUAGACGCCGAGUGCGAGUACGACGAGUACGAGCGUGCCGACGACGACGGUGAGGGUGAGGGCGAGGGCGCGGUCGAAGGCUACGACGACGAUGAUGACUCAGAGAUAAGCCGCAUACAAACGAACACCUCGACGCCUAUCAAAAUGAUGAAAUCACGUUCGCGCACGAAUAUCUUAUCGGUGCCCAGCGUCGAACAACACAAUUUACUGAGCGUAGCGGCAGCAGCUGUUAAACCAAAUGCGCAGAAUAACAAUACAACACCGCUACUAUUGCGCGCCAAGUCUAAAACGCUACCACAAAAUUUAUCCCCUUCAGUUGUGCUACAACAGCCGGAGGCAUUGUUUGACGACGGCGAUACUGCAUUGGCGUACGCGACCCAAACGAAAGUAACGAAGCACACAACGACGGCGGGUGGUAGUGGUAGUGGCGGCACGAGCUCAACCCGCGCUGCUUUACGUCUCAUCGCGCCGUUAAGUAAAGUACAUCAUAACUUGUUUGGUGGCAGUGUUGCGAGUCAUAUCGGCGCUGGUGCUGCGUCGAACAGCGGUCAUAACGCGUGUGCUAAAGGUGGUCACCCAACUGUCACACAACAUAAUAAACUCGCGCACAGCUCAUCAACAUCACUGAUAACACAAACAUUUCCACCCAAACAUUUAUUCCUGCUCAAGUCCACGUCUAAGUUGCCCAUAAGUCAAUCGGGCUCCAGCGCAGAACAUACCAAAUCGAAGGCAACGAAAAGUUUUAGUUCUGAUACAACGAUUACCUCACCACCAGUGCAGGCUGCGUGCUCGUCGUCAGCGUCGUCGUCGUCAGUGGUGGUGACGUCACCAGCAAAGAAAUCACUCAGUUUUAUACGUCGCGCACAUUCAACGAAAUUGUCACGUAACAAUUCUCUACUCAAAUCGAUCGCCAGUCAACAUCAACAACACAUCCAACAGUCGUCAACCAACGCGUCCGCGUCCGCGUCUGCGUCGGCUAAUAUGAGUGGCGGGAAUUCGGUAAUCGACUGCUCGGGCAGUUGGGGUAAAGAUUUCUAUUUGAAUUAUGAUGUUUGUCCAUUGGCCUUGGAUGAGCUGGAAACAUAUUUUCGUUCGGAACAAUGUACGACAUUGAUACGGGAACGUUUUAAGAUAUUGGAUAUACCAUUGAAUUGCUCGGCAGCGGCUGAGUUACACGUUGAGCAACAGGAUAGCUCGUUGCGUGAGCUGGACACGACUUGCAGUAGUCAACAGCAGCUGAGGGAAACCGGCACGAUGACGUGUAGUGGUACGGCAGAAGACGAUGAUGCCGGACAUCAUUCGGACACUUCAUAUGAGAAGGCAUGUAGGCGUGGCUCAGCACCAGCGACACCCAUAUUGGGUCAAAAACAGCAACAACAAGAAAAUAGUACAACAUCAAGAUUAACGAAUUUCUUUUCAAAACGAUCAAAUCCGCUUAAACGUACAAAAUCAGUUACCAAAUUGGAACGCACUAAAAGAGGCUCUGGCGGCUUACGCGGCUCACGUUCGCAUGAGAGUUUGCUCUCCAGUCAUGCAGUCAUGUCGUCGAUCGAUCUCUCUUGCACCGGCGCAGUUGGUGUCGCACCAGUACAUCAAUCCGUGCUCGGCCGUCGUCAUUGUUUUCAAGUGCGUGGCGGCCCACGAGGUGAACGCUAUUACGCCUGCGGCUCGCGGCAGGAGCGCGAUCUCUGGAUAUACUCGCUACGCAAGUCGAUAUCACCGAAUGCCGAGCACACACGUCACACAGAUAAUUCGCUAAAGAUGUGGAUCUAUGAGGCGAAGAAUUUGCAACCAAAGAAGAAAUAUUUCUGCGAGCUUCACUUAGAUAAGGCGUUAUAUGGACGCACGAGCGUCAAGCUACAAACCGACUUACUCUUCUGGGGUGAAUAUUUCGAUUUUCCCGAUGUGCCUGACAUCAAUGUGAUCACGGUGAAUGUGUUUCGUGAGGUGGAAAAGAAGAAGAAGCGCGACAAACAUAUGUUUGUUGGUUCGGUGAAAAUACCAAUACACGAGGUGACCUCACGCAUUUUCUCCGAGGACUGGUAUCCGAUACUGAGUGAGAAAGCGAGCGACAGCCUAAAUCGCAAUGGUAAGGAAGUGAUACCGACGCUACGCAUUAAAUGUCGCUUCCAAAGCACGGAUAUCCUUCCCAUCAAUGUGUACGCCGACUUUCUCGAGUAUUUGAAGAAUAAUUAUAAGCGCGUGUGCGAAACGCUCGAACCGGUUAUCGGCGUCAAAGCCAAAGAGGACAUUGGGCAGGCACUCGUGCUAUUAAUGCAUGCGCAGGGCUUAGCUGGCGCCUUUCUCACCGAUGUUGUAGCGUUGGAUUUGUUACGUGUCGGCGAUCAGCGACUCACAUUCCGCGGCAAUUCGUUGGCCACGAAGAGUAUGGAAGCCUUUCUCAAGUUGACGGGCGAGCAGUAUUUACAGGACACGCUCUCGGCGCCGAUCAAUGAGAUUAUACAAUCGGAUCGCGAUUGUGAGGUGGAUCCGACAAAAGCAAGCGGUUCACUGCAACGUCAACAAGCGUCACUGCGUGCAGCGGUGCGCAGCGCCUGGCAGUGCAUUUACGAGUCACACAAACACUUCCCACAACAGCUGCGCACAUGCUUUGCGACCUUUCGCGAGCGUCUGCAGCAGUUGGGACGACAGGAUAUGGCGGAUAAUUUGAUAUCGGCCUCCAUCUUUUUGCGCUUUCUUUGUCCGGCCAUACUGUCGCCGAGCUUAUUCAAUAUAACCAAUGAGCUACCCUCCGCACGCGCCACACGCAAUCUAACGUUGGUCGCCAAAACGCUCCAAACACUUGCGAACUUCACGCGUUUCCAGGGCAAGGAGAGCUUUAUGGAGUUUCUCAAUGAUUUCCUCGAGCAAGAAGCGCCGCGCAUGAAAGAGUUCUUGCAGCAGAUCUCUACACGGCCUGAGCAUGCAGCACCCGAGUCCAUACUCGAUUGGGCGGGGUACAUAGAUCAGGGCAAGCAGCUCUCUAUAUUGCACAUACUGCUCAGCGAGAGCAUCACCAAGCUGCCGGAGGCGCGCCAACAUGAGCUCGAUCCACUGCAACACAUACUCGACGAGAUACGCAAAGCCAAAGAGAGCAACAAUUUCAUGCAGCACAUGCCACAUAUGAGCACGUCGCAUACGCCAACUGAGAAUCAGGAGAACCGCAAUCCUGACGAUGCGGCCAUGCAAGUGCAGCAGCAACAGCAGCAACAACAACACCAGCCCAUACAACAUCAAGCGCAGCUGGCGCAGCCACAACAUGCCAUCGUCACGAAGCCAAUAUCGGCCGAGCGCGGCAUUAUGCGCGGCGUGCUGACGCCGAGCUCGCUGGAGAAGAACAUCUUCCGCUAUAACGAUCCAACAGUGAAUGCGCUGCUACAGCAGCAACAACAGCAACAGCAGCAGCAACAACUCGCUCAUGGGCAUCAGUUACAAAGCCAGCAUACGGGCAUGGGCAGCAACAGCGCACUAGACAAGCGUCACUCGAACUCUCAAAGCUCCAUUGUCGGCGGCUACAUGAGCACGCAGCUCCAACACGCGCAGUCACAAAGUUCGCUCGCUUCGUCUUCCAUCAACGGCGGCGCCGGCGGCAGUAGUCACAAUUUACUCAUCUCCACCAACGUGCAGCAUCAUUGCCCACCAGCGCCUGCCGCUAGCGCUAGUAAUACUAUUGAACGCUUGCAUGUCGGCGGCGGCGGCGGUGGCAACAACGCGCACUACUACGGCCUUUUAGGCAGCAGUAACGGCAAUAUGUCAUCGUCGCUUGCGAGCAGCAGCAACUUGAGCAGUCACAAUGGCAAUGAUAGCGAUGGCAUGCUGCGCGCUACGACGCUACCACGCGGCAACAAUAACAACUAUGAAGAUUUGGCCAACGGUGAAUUCAUACAAAUUUCCGGCUUGGAUACGAACAGCGCCUUCGUGCGCAAGUCACCAACGCCCUUGCUGAAGGGUAAUGCCGCGCACUUACAGCAGCAACAGAUGGCAGCACAGCAACAACGUCAGAAGUUGCACAACUCGAACGUGAGCUUGGUGCUGAAUGAGCGCACACCGAGCAAACUUAAUCUCGGUAUACCGGAUCAUAGUGGUGGCGGUGCAGCAUCCUCGACGUCACACGCACACAAGUUGCCCGCAUACCAAAGACCACCGCCCGCAGCAGGCGCACACAUGCAUGCAACGCGCGACUCCAAUCCACAUCCGAACAUGCCCAUGAACUUAGAAGACCUGGAUGAUCUCUUCAAGUACGCCGAAGAGCAUGCCGUUGUGGGUGAGAUAGUCUCUGCAAACAAUGCGCAGGCGGGCGGCCAACAUGCGCUGAAAAAUGCGCGUGAGCAGUUGUCGGCCAAGAGUAGUCACUGCUCGUCGGGCUAUCAAAGCAUUGCCACAAAUCCGCCGUCGCAGUCGUCAAGCCCCAUCGAACAACAACAGCAGCAACAGCAACAGUUGCAGCAGCAAAAGAGUAUUGGCGGCAGCACGCCGCUCGCUUUCAAGAAUCCCACAUACCAGUUGCAGCAGCAACAGUCGGCAGGCGGCAGCGCCACAUCCGCGCAUCAUCACCACCACCAUCAUCAUCAUCAGCGCGUCAACUAUAGCAGUGGUUUUCACGCCGGCGGCAAUCAACAACAGUCUGCCCACCAGCAGCUGUUUGGCUCUUCUGCUGCGCAGCGGCCGAAAGUACAAGGUGGCGGUCUUGUAGCUGCCCGCGCAGCGCUUUUGAAUAAUGGCGGCGCGCUGACGCCUUCUUCUUCAGAGGAACGUCUCUCUGCUGAUAACUAUCAUGGCUUUGGUGGUGGCGCCGGCAAUAACAAACUCAUGAAAUCGCCUUCGCAUGGUCACUUAGAAGCGCAACGCUCACUCAGCGGCGGCAGCAGCUCAUCAUCGUCUGGCGCCAAUAUUGGACUCGGACCGGUCUCCAUACAAUCUACAGCGAGUGGUGCGCGCAUGCCACGCACUAAUCCACAAUUUAAACGCGAAGAUGUUUAUGCGCCCGUUAAUGGUGCUGGUCACAGCAGUGGCAGUUAUAUGCCAGCAGCAGCAGUGGCAGCGUCUAACGCGGCAAGUGGUCUCUUCAGUAAUAACGGCUUUGGCAAACCGAGCAGUGGGCUGGCGCACAAUGGCGUCGGCAUGGGUGGACGCUAUCAGCGGCGCUUGAGUUUGGACUCGGCGCGCACGCUCAGCGAUAGCUCAACAGAUACGGAAGGUCAUUGCGCGCCACACGAGGGCAAACGCCGUCGUCAACCACGCGCGCACACCAACGCCGCCGCUCAUCACCAUCAACAGCAACACGUUACGGCAGCCGGCAACAGCAGCACUGGCGGUAGCGCAGGCAGCGCGAAUAGCGGCAGCUUCGAUCAAAAUGGCGAAAUACAAUUGCUGCAGGAAACUCUCGAUACGCUGCGUCACACGCUCGAUCGCGAUGAGGCCGAGCUACGUGAUUCGAGUGAUGAGCUAUUCGCCUUGAAUCGUCACAAUAGCGUUAAUGGCGGUAGCGGCGGCAGUGGUGUGAGUAAUCUGAGUAUGCAAUCGGAGUCGACAAUGCGCAGUAUUAUUGAUAGGCUUAUCACAAUGGAGGAGGAGUUGCGUCGCGAACAGCUGAAAAUGUCGUUGGCUUUGUCACACAAACAGCGCGUCAUCGAGGAGCAAGGUCAGCAAAUUGCCGCGCUCGAUGCGGCUAAUAGUCGUUUGUUGAGCGCGCUUACUGCACUACGUCAGCGCUAUGAAACGCAGCAGCAGCAGCAGCAGCAACAACAACAGCAACAGCAACAGCAACAGCAAACGAGCUUAGCGUCGUCAGGCGCGCAGCAAACACAACAACAGCCGGCGCAGUGAAGGAAAAAAAAUAUAAUAAAAUAAUUUCUAUUAUUAAAUUAAAUUUAUUAAAUUAUUUAGUCUGUAAGAAAGGUGUGCGGUCGCAGUAUAAAAGCGGCUGACGUGUGAGCACAUGCACGUAAGUUGGGCAGUGUAGGCGGCAAGGUGGAGAUUUGAAGGUAGAAAUCAAGCCAAUUAAGCUUUCAAUUUGUGCGCUAAAUGUAAAAAAUAAAAAAAAAUAUAAAAAAUACAUACAUA